AUGGAACCAAACACACCUGAAAAGGACCCUCGCUCCAAAUUAGUCGACGAAAUUCUCAGCACCGGUAAGCGGGCGUUUAAUCCGUCAUCCGACGCUGCUUCUCGAACAGCCGCCCAAGAAGAAUUUCAAAAGCUCAUCGACGGGAAUGGCUCUUGGAACUUACUGCCUGUCUUGAACGCCUUGAUCAAGCCGAAAAUUGCGCCAGAAUGGCUACGACCAGAGCUCAUGAAGAUACUGACCCUGGUUCCUCUCCGACCUGACGGCGUGAGAGGAACCAUGGAGUUCAUCUUCUCAGUGCACCCGAGCAGCACCCUUAAAGCAUCCGAGGCAGCCACUCCUCAGAAAAGAGGCGCCAAUAUCACCCAGGAAGCCAUGGCUGUCGUCACUCGUAUUCUCACCUCCCCACCAGCAACUGUACCACCUGAAGAUUGGUUCUCAAAGGUUGCGCCCCAGUUGAUUGUGCUGCUGGACGGAAACGAAGGGGCAGAACUUAGUGUAGCAGCGGCACAGAUUAUCAUGUUUGGAGUACUGGGAACACCUGGGUGGAAUGUCUUUGUUGAGCCUCUGUUGCGCAACUUGGAUCCAUCUCGCAAAAGCAACAAUGUUGCGCUGCAUAUCAAAACCGAAGAAACCGAGAUUGUUGAUUUGAGUGAAAAGGCCGUCCUGGUUACUGCCGACGAUCUCUUCAUCACAUUGCGCCGCAUGUCGUCGAUGAUUAACUCCACACCGUACCCAGCACAGACCAAAAGAAUGCUUGACCCGGUUCUCGCACAACUAUGGGCUAUAUCGUGUCAGAGCAAGGGCAACAAAAGAACCGAGGACCGAUAUUCGAAGCCAUCGAGAUCAUUGCUUCACACAUUCCUGAAACUAAGUGUUUCGGUGUCGAAGUUACAUGAGGUCGUCGAAAACCUGCUAUAUCAAGGAGAGUAUACCAAAAUACCACAGUGGCGAUAUCAAUCGAAUUCUGACGGCGAUCUUCAAAUAUGUGCCAUUCGGCUGGGCCAGGGAUCACAAGCCCCAGAACUAGACUGGACUGAGAUCCAGACACGCUCCGAGGCUCUCAUACGUCUCUUGACGGCGAGUUGCACACCCGAAGAAACAUCGACCUUCUUUCUAGACCUCCUUGGCCGAUGGUUCCAAUCGACGGUCACAACUCAAAAGCCAGAAAUUCUCACCAAAGCGGAAGACAGCCAGGAUCAGGGUGAUAUCAAGCAACUUCUCGAGAUUACAAUCUUGCAGAAGAUGCUGGAACAAAUCCCAGACAAGCUGAUCAGCCGCGUAACGCAAGUUACUGAGCUGGUGGCUCAGAUCCUGGAUCCCAGCGGCCUCCAAGACCAGUCUGACGAUAUCAUCGCGGUUGCUUUAAGCUUGUUCAACUUAGUCAUCACAGCCCCAAGCUUCAAAAAGUCAAACCUGAAGACUGAAGUCCUACAAGCUCUUGAAACGUCCCUUGCUAAACUUGGCGCAGCGGGACGCCCUGAAGUUUCUCCUACAGCGAAGAACCUGACGCUCUUGCUAAGAUACCGUGAGGCUAUCGAUCCCGCAGAAGAGGGCGCUUUUGUGCCUACCGAUAAGCAAAUUGAGGACAGGCGAACGUACAAGCUUGCGCUGGAGUACAUUACUCAAGCAGAUAAUCCUCCGCCGAUCCGCUCCGAGGGAAUCAACUUGAUAUCGGGCCUAGUGGCCUCUGAUAGUUCUGUCUUGGACGUGCAAGCCACCCUCGUUCUCCUUUCGUCUCUACUUCAAGACAGCGAAGACUUUAUCAAUCUCCGGGUUGUGAAGCUUCUGACCCAACUGGCGAACAAACACCCCAAAGCAACUACACAGGAGAUCCUUGAGCAUUACCUGGACUCGAAGGAAAUCUCGUCAACGGAUGUCCGCUUACGCUUCGGAGAGGCCUUGGUUCAAGUGAUUGAGCGCCUCGGCGAGACUUUUGCCGGUGACGUUGCGAGGCGUGUGUCUGAAACAUUGCUGUCGAUUGCUGGAAGGCGAGGUCAUCGGCCAAAGACGGAGGCAAAGCAGUCCCGGGAGAAACGCCUGCAGGACAUGAAGAAGAAGCAGGCGGAGGAUGCGUGGGGAGGGGAUGUUCCAGAUCUCAGUGAUGAUCUGACCGAAGAAGAGCUGGCCAAGAACGAGAUACUGACUCAGAUUGUUGAGGGGUGGGAGAGCAAGAGAGGCAGCGAAGACGUCCGUAUGCGAGCAUCUGCUCUUUCGAUCUUCUCCGUCGGCCUCGAAACCAAUAUUGCGGGCAUUGGGCCUGACCUCGUGUCCAUCGCAGUGGACCUCUGCAUCAAUGUGCUGGCGCUGGAGCGGGAAAUCGAAAAAGGGAUCAUCCGGCGUGCAGCCAUCUUGGCUGUUCUGGGCUUCGUCAAGGCCCUUGAUGCUGCCAAACAAUCAGCUAAGAACCCUAUUGAAGGGUUCAACGAAGCGCGUGCCUCGACCCUCCCCACGUCGCGAUCUUCUCGCCACACCGCGAUAAUGGCUCCGGCCCGAAUCAUCGCGGACUCGGAUGAUUCCGACGACGAUUUCGAAUCACCAAACAGUCCCUCGAAACCUACUACGACUUCCGCGAUACCGAGCCAAGGCCGCUCCUCCGACCCCGUUAGUGUCGCGACCAACUCUACCGACCCCAAGUUCUUCCAGGCCAUCUACACUGAGCAACAGCGUGCGGCAGUGGCCAGCGACACGUUGCGAAAACCAGACGAAUCUUCCUUAUCCAACGGUGCAGCGCCCAGCUCUAUACCAGCUAUGCCAGUAGCGGACAGACCGCAAUUGGAGAGGAACGACACUGGUACUUCCUCGCUCACCUCAGCCAGCGAUCUCAUUACGGGGUUGGACAGCGCCGAGGAAAGGGAACCAGAGGUGGUGGACCUUACGGAAGUCACAGCGUCGCCCAAGAUGACUGUUGCUCAUGCAACUCCCGACGAUAUGUGGGAUGUUCCCAGCAGCCCCGUCGGGGACAGCCGAGCGCCUCUCGCCAGUCUCGCAAAGAGCAGAACCUCAACCAGCGGGACGAAAAGAAAGCGAGUGAACAACGUGGAGUUCACGUCCCCGGUGGCUAUCGAUAUGCCUUCGCAGGGCUCCACGCAGCCAUUCGACACUACCCCGGCCGCCGCGAGGAUGGAGAACGGGAAGAGGGCCAAACUCAGGAACCCGGACUCGUCGUUACCGGCCGAGGAAGACGACGUUGACAUGGUGGUGGUCCCACACGCAGCCGCGGUACCGUCGUUUGGCGACCUCGUCUCUGGCCAGAAGCCUGUUUCGAUGUACAUCGUGUCUCAAACACUGAGCGCAAGCCAAAAGUUGGAAUAUGAAUACCACUCAGUUGGCCCGUCUCCGGAAGAUCCAGGACCUACACCUACGCAGCCGUUUUCGACCAUGCAAGCUGCGGCUAGGUCCAGCGGGGCCACGACUAUCGCAUACUCUACGCCGAGCCAGACGAGAGCGAUUGGCUUGCCUCCAGCGCAUGCCGAAAGCCAUGUUACACUGGACACAGUUCAAGAGCAGACUCAGCAAGGUUUCGGGGCAUCAGUCGAUCCAGAGGCAACAAUAGAGAUACAAUCAUCCCCGGAUAUCAUAUCUGCAGCAUCGGUCCGUCGGAAAAGAAGAAACGUGAGGGACGAACCGCCACAGACGACAGAGUCUCACCGGGAAGACGAAGGCUGGGAUUCCGACGACAUUGGUUUCCAUCGAGAAUCGUACAAGCCUCGUGUCAGUCGACGCAGAGGUAGUGACUCUAGCCGACAGGACGAGGCUGAGAUGCCAGGGAAGAUUGAGAUUCCCGUGGCUGAUAUGGGCCCAGCCGCGCAAUUGCCCCUCGAGGAGCCCGCUUCCCUAAAAGAGCCCGCUUCAACGAGUACGACGAAACCAAAAAAGAGAGGACGGCCGAGAAAGUCGGAUACGGCUAUAUCAGAGAGCCCAGCACCGGCCGAGACCUCAACUAUGCCACAGAUUACCGAUACAAGCGAGACGGUGAAGGAUGCUGCCGCAGGAACAGAGGCCGCAACGGCAGCCACACCGACGACCACCAAGAAGAAGCGCGGGCGGCCAAAGAAGGCAGACAACAACGCAUCAGAAAGCGUGCAGCAAGCGACUGAGAAGCCGCAUGCACCUGAAGUGGAGCAUGCGGGUGACGCCCCAUCAGGCAAGGCGGCAAAGCGCUCCAAGGGCCGCGGCGAGCACGUCGAUGCGCAGCAGCAGGAAGGUUGCACAGCAGAUGCGGGUAGCGGGCCCCGAGAACAGGGCGGCAGCGAUCGGGUGCUGCAGCCAGUGACGCCUAAUGCGGCGCUCAGCAAGUCUGGUUCCGACGGACUGGGACCGCAAAAGAGCGCGGCAGCAGAGGGGAAAGGAGCGGCGACGAAGGAGACUCCUGCGCAGGCGGAUGGCGACAAGUCUGGGACGUCGGGUAAGACAGAGGGAAAGCAGAGGUUGUCGACGCCUGCGUCUUUAUCGGCGACGAAGCCCAUCUAUCGGGUGGGACUGAGCAAGAGGUCGAGGAUUGCGCCGUUGCUCAAGUCGCUCAAAAAGUGA